GCCCAUAUUAUGCCGUUGCUAAGAACAAUUCUUACCCUCAAGACUCUGCCCAAGCUUGUUGAGUUCGCGCGUGCGUGUUUCUCUGUACCUGGUUCAAGACAUCGGCCAGUGGUUACUCGAAAAGAAACGCCGGACUUUUGGGACAAGCGGUUGGUAUUUGUGUUACUGAGAGGGGCAAGAAUCUGUCGUCGAUGCGGAGGAUCUCGAUACAAUCUUGGUGGCCAGUCUUGGUCUACCCUGAGAUGGGCUGGGAACAAUAUCUUCGAGAACUACCAACAAAGAGAUGGAGAAGGUGGCAUUGGAGCCUUCUUCUAAGCACACUCGGUGAAAUCAUGCGGGAGAUAUGAGAUGAACCAAAUUGAUGCUUGAGGCAAAGCAGGGCCCGAGUGGAAUGAUUGGUUCUCCCAAGUCAAUCGCGUAUGCAAGGCAGAAAUAAAGCUCACUGAACGCGCGACUUUAUGAGGAUUGGGAAAGGAUUGUAUCUAUGAUCCGAAUGCCUAUACGGAGUACAAAU